ACUAUUGCAUGCUAGCUCUACGUCAUUAGUGACAUGGUAGAGAUGAAUUAUUCAGAAAGAAAAAACCGACAACUGAACUUAUCUCAUGUCCCGCAGUACCAACCUCCAUCAUUGCAUAUAGUAACGAGCUCUCGAAAUAGCUCUUGCUCGGUGAGAUCGGCUACUGAGAGCUUAAACGACUUUCUUGAUCUUUAUGCCGAUGAUAGUUCCAGUACAGAUGCUUUUUCAGUGACGCAUUCAAUCUCUGAUCUUAUAAAUCAGGAAUCUACAAUCCCCAACUCAAACAAACAUGUCAUUGGCUCAAUUGAAAAGGAAAGUUCAACAGAUGAGAUCGCAAUUCAAAGAGAUCGCCAGCCUACACAAUCCUUAGGCGAAAACGUUUCUUUAAUUGAGCAGCCACAUAAAAUGAUUUACUCCUCAGGUUUCAAAAAUGAAGAGCCAACUGCUGCUGCAGCAACAGCAUGUCAACCCAAUACUACCAUCAUAUCUGAUGUGGAUCAUACAAUUGUUGGUAAUUCGAUGAAUGAAAACACUCUCGAUAAUACAAUGUUGUCAGACCCAAAAUCACAGAGAUAUACAUAUAAUUUUGAUGAUGAAGAAUUAAAUGAAGGUUUGAGCAUAGACGAGUCCAUACUGGAUAUGAUAAAUAGUCUCGGAAGUGAGCUCGAUCCCGAACAAGAGUUGGAAAUAGAGCUCAGCCCCGAGAUAUUAGACCAAUUACACAAAACCAAUCUAAUGAGGUAUAAAUCGACGAGUAACAGUACUUUGAAUAGUAUAGAUUUGUUGAGCAUUGAAAUCCCGAGCGAAGAUGCAGAUUAUGACGAUCCAAAUAGAUUCAAAACUUUUUUUGGGAUUGAUAGUGGAACUUCCAGUAGUGAAUACGAAGAAAGUUGUGAAAUUAUCGAAGAAGAGGAGGAACAAGAGGAGGGAGAAGAAGAAUAUCAUGAAAGAGAAGAUGACGAGGUAGAGUUUCAAGAUGAAGGAAUAUCUGAAAGCGGGAGAGGAGAGGAUGCAGAAGAAAAUUACGAUGGAAUCGACGUAUCUGUAGAUACUCCACUAGAAUUUUUAAACAUUGGUGACCAAGCCAGUGAAUACAUUCAGAGCUUAGAUAUUAGUCCGGUUCCUGAAUCCAAUGAAAAUCUCCAAGGAACCUCAUUGUCAUUAGAUAUGUCUAUGCCUGACAAGCCUCCUCCUUAUUGCGAAGUGGAUGAAAUUCAUAUCAAGAGAUUGCAAGAGCAGCAAGACGAAGAGAUGGCAGUACGUUUACAGAGGGAAGAAUAUGAACAUGCCAACACCCCUUUCGAUGACCUGAUGCUUGAAGCACAAGAUCAUGUAUCAGAUAUUCGUCUGUCACCUGCAAAACCCAACUCUAGUGUAUCACUGUCUUUCAAUAACAGUCGAUCACUUAAUGCAUCCUCUAUUGCGCCUUCUAAUUCUGCUCACAAUUCUCCUUUGAAGAGAAAGAUUUCCAUCAAGCUAAAGAAAAAUAAGGAUGGCGAACUGAGCAGACAUGCGAGCGUAGACUAUUAUCAAAUGGAUAGGUAUCUUCCCCCUUACAGGUCAUUAAUUAAUCCUAACAAGGCAUUUGAUUAUCGGACCAACAGCUAUAUUGAUGCAAAUGAUAAUGAUAUAGAAAUCAAAUCUGGUGAAGAUAACAAGCCGAUGGUAGCAAUACACAAGAAAAAGCGUGACAGUAAAUUGAUGUCUAUCUUGCUGACCACAAACAACAAUAUCAAGCAGAAACUCAUCGAUGUUGCAAACGAUACACAGUCUAUUAAAUCAAGAUCGAGAUCAGUUAGGUCUUUAUCUUCAAUAACACAUAGCAUACAUUCGGAACCAAAAUCUAAGCCUACCGCUUUAUUCAAUGAUUUGCCAGGAGAGAUGCACCAAUUAAUCGUCAAUCAAAUUGAUAACCAACAUGAUUUGGUCAACUGCUUAUAUGUUUCCAGAUCGUUUCAGUCAUAUGCUAUACCAAAUCUGUAUAGAUAUCCAAAGUUUACUUCGAGUUAUAGAUUAGGCCAGUUUGUUCACACAAUUUUAAACUACCCAACCUAUGCAACGUUUGUGAAAGUCUUGGAUCUAUCUAAAAUUACUUUUCCUGUCUUUUUGACCGAAUCCGAAAAGGUUAAAUAUCAGGAUAAAUUGGUUUAUGGCUCUUCUACGGCCAUGGAGCUUCUCAAUGAGAAGAAAAGGGUUGUGCAUGCUGGAUGGAGAGAUUGGAAAUAUAGAAAUCAUCCUUUGUACGGAGAUUUCAACAAAUGGAGAAAACGAGCCAAUUCUGUAUCCACCACAGCGUCAACAGGCUCUGGCGGUAUUUCGUGGGAUUUGGCAACAAGCAAAAAUUUAUCUGCCCCCAAUCUACUUGACCCAAAGAAAUUCACUUCGUCAAUGACGACCAAUACCAUGGUGUCCACUAAUACCCGGGUCAGGUCGCAUUCUGGAUCGGAGAAUACGAUGAAACGGCUGUCAAACAAAUCUCGAUCGAGAUCCAAUUCUGCUUCUAACAACAGUAGACUGAAUAGCUUGGGUAGUACCGGUACCCGAAAUAGCUACACCGGAGGUACCAGUAGUGGCAAUAGCAGUGCCAAUGCAAGCAACAGUAGCCGUAGUAGCAAGCAAGGGGAUAAUGGCAGUUUUGUUAAGUCGUUCAAAAAGGCCUUUGGGUUAGAUCCAGCGGUGCCUGGGAAGAAGCGGCGUGGGAUCAGUCCUGUGAGAAAGCCACUUGUCAAGGCAUCUUCGUCAGGCACAAUUCCAACUUGGCAGAAGAAGAAAGUGCAUGGAAAGCACGAGAAUACGCAUUUGUCUUCCAAAUCCAAGGCCAGUAGUAGCAAAAGAAAAAGCGCUGAAAGUGGAGACGGUGGUUGCAAUGGCGAGACUCGCCCAUUUGGAACACCACACCAGAAAAUGAACAUAUUACUGAAGCAGUACUGUUUCAACCGGGAUGUUCCUGUUGGCUACAUCAUCCACAUUUUGGACGAGUGUGCCAACUUAGAGGAACUCAACUUGAGCAACGUGGUAGUAAGCACGGACUACGAGCUCCGUGACUACGCAUCGUUUGAUUGGUACAGUGGGAGCGGGGAGAUGAUAGGGAAGUCGAGGGUUCCUGUUGUUCUUGACCCGGGGAGGCCUGUUUUCUGGAGCGAUUCCGGGCGGGAUAUGGAUCUGACGGACACGACGUUCAUCCAGAACUACGCCGAGAGCAUGGAAGUGAAGGCGUUGUGGAAGCACAUCUACAGGAUGCGGAAGCUAAAGAGGCUUCUCCUGCGCAGAAUCAACUCGCUGGAGAUGAGCAUUAUCGAAGGGUUUGUGAUGCGGAGCGAGUUCCGGGAGAGCUUGCAAUACCUCGACUGCAGCAAAUCGGGGAUGGUGAAGCGGUCCGAGUGGGACGAGCUGAAAAGUGCGCAGGAGUGGAGACAGUACUUCAGGUCCAAGCCGUUGUGAGAGCGUUUGCUUGGGUUGCUAUUUAUGUUGCUGCUGCUACCAAUCCAGCACGCCAGUGCCAGUGCUGCUAUUGUCCAGCUGAAAAAUGUAUUAGUGCUGCCUAAUAUAUCUGUGUAGAGUAAUUGAAUAAUUUGUCACCAAUACCAUACUAUUACGUUU